AUGGCUUUCCUAGCACAACAAUGGUAUAACAUUGUGGACAGCUAUUCCCCUUUUAGCAUAGAAGUUGUUGGUGCAACAGUCGCUCAAAUGUCCCUUACAGUCCUCUUCGGAAUAUACGACUUGAAAGGCUCUGAUGCAAAAAGACGUCGUGCGAUGCUCAAAGUCCUGCCUGGUAUAGGAAGAAACAUUGCCACAGCGACCGUAGUCCAUUCCACCGGCUUGUUUUUAAUGUCUCUGUGGACCGGCAAUAGCCUUUGGGAAACCUCCUUGACCCACGUGAACAAAAACAUUCCUUCCGUCUGGCGAUUCCUGAUAGAUGUGGUGAACACGGCACUUUUGUUUGAAGUUUCGUUUUACUACUUCCAUGCUUUAUUCCACACUAAGUUUAUGUAUCGACAUGUUCAUUCGGUACACCACCACUUCAAGGAGGAAAUUGCUAUUGCAGCCUUUUACAGCCACCCUCUCGAAUUUUUAGUCUUGAACUUUGGACUGGUAGUGAUCGCAACCUGGUUGCUCGGAUCGCACGUGCUUGGUCUGCUGUUUCAUGGAGCUGUCGCGGGAACUAUUGCACAUUUCGUCCAUACCGGUGAAGAUAUCCCAGGCCUUAUGAGCCAUGAAGGCCAUCACGUCAGUCCAAAUCAGAACUUGGGCGCACUUGGUGUCUUGGAUCGGCUGCAUGGCACACUCUACCGAGGAACCCAACUUAAGCGCUCACAUUGA